AUGUCUGGUCUUAUGCCUUCCAAUGACGAAAACGAAUACGGAAAUAUCAUUCGCCGUGCCCCUUUCAAGUAUCCUUCACGUCUCAUGAAUCGCUCUCCUUCUCCCGAGCCUCGACCAGCGAUGGACCACAAUUAUCAUAAACCUCUUGAUGUCAAUGACUAUCCGUCAAGAUUUUCCCUAGAGAGCGAGGAGCGGGAGCGUUUGGAAGAAAUCGAAUAUACCAAGCGAGUAGAAAAGGAGAGAGUUGAAGAGAACAAGGCAGCCAAUCGCAAACUUCAGGCCGACUCCGAUUACAAAGCUGUUACAAAGCGUGUUACCAAAGUGCUCCGCAAGACAUCCAUUUUCGAGCCAAAAUACGAGGCUGAGACUGGCGAAGGAAGUAGCAAAGGAAGUGGCAAAGGAAUUGGUCGUGGAAUUGCGAAAAAGUGA